AGAACGAAGUUUAUUUAAUGCUCUUCUUCCUGGGUUCUCGGAAGGAUAUCUAAUAGCCCUACUUCACAAGUAGUGCCGGUAAGCUAAGAGAUCACCUUGAGCGGGUGGAUGUGCUAACAAGGCAUCAGUCCUUGCCGUCUUUCAUCGAGAUAAGGACUACUUCAGCCAGCAACGCUCCCAGCAUGCCGCACACAAAGGUUCAGGACAUGGGCUCCGCCUUCAUCCAGACGCAGCAGCUCAACGCCGCCAUGGCCGACACCUUCCUGGAGCACCUGUGCCUGCUGGACAUCGACUCUGAGCCCACCACCGCCCGUAACACCGGCAUCAUCUGCACCAUCGGGCCAGCCUCCCGUGCCGUGGACACACUGAAGGAGAUGAUCAAGUCGGGGAUGAACAUCGCCCGUCUCAACUUCUCCCACGGAACUCACGAGUACCACGCUCAGACCAUCAAGAACAUCCGCGAGGCCACUGAGAGCUUUGGGCCGGGCAGUAUCCAGUACAGACCCGUGGCCAUCGCCCUGGACACCAAGGGUCCAGAGAUCAGGACCGGGCUCAUCAAAGGGAGCGGCACCGCUGAAGUCGAGCUGGUGAAGGGAAACAUGAUCAGGCUCACCCUGGAUGAAACCUUCAUGGAGAACUGCGAUGAGCAGACCCUCUGGCUGGACUACAAGAACAUCACCAACGUGGUGGAGAUCGGGAGCAAGAUCUACAUCGACGACGGACUGAUGUCCCUGCAGGUCAAAGAGAUCGGUCCCAACUACCUGGAGUGUGAGAUCGAGAACGGCGGCACCCUGGGCAGCAAGAAGGGCGUGAACCUGCCUGGCGCGGCCGUGGACCUGCCCGCCGUGUCGGAUAAGGACGUCCAGGACCUGGUGUUCGGCCUGGACCAGGGCGUGGACAUGGUGUUUGCCUCCUUCAUCCGCAAGGCGGCCGACGUCAACGCCGUCAGGAAGGUGCUGGGCGAGAGGGGCAAGGACAUCAAGAUCAUCAGCAAGCUGGAGAACCACGAGGGAGUGCGCAGGUUUGACGAGAUCAUGGAUGCCAGCGAUGGCAUCAUGGUGGCCCGUGGGGACCUGGGUAUCGAGAUCCCCACAGAGAAAGUGUUCCUUGCACAGAAGAUGAUGAUUGGCCGCUGCAACAGAGCUGGCAAGCCAAUCACCUGUGCCACGCAGAUGUUGGAGAGCAUGAUCAAGAAGCCCCGCCCCACCCGCGCGGAGGGCAGCGACGUGGCCAACGCCGUCCUGGAUGGAGCCGACUGCAUCAUGCUGAGCGGGGAGACCGCCAAGGGAGACUACCCUCUGGAGGCCGUGCGGACGCAGCACAUGAUCGCCCGGGAGGCGGAAGCGGCCACCUUCCACAGGCAGCUGUUCGAGGAGCUCCGCCGGCUGACUCAGCUGACCCGCGACCCCUCCGAGGCGGCCGCUGUCGGCGCCGUGGAGUCCUCCUUUAAGUGCUGCGCCAGCGCCAUCAUUGUGCUCACCAAGACCGGCAGGUCCGCUCACCUGAUCUCCAGGUACAGGCCCCGCGCCCCCAUCAUCGCGGUGACGCGUAACGGGCAGACCGCACGGCAGUGCCACCUGUACCGCGGCAUCUUCCCCGUGCAGUACACCAAGCCCGCCCACGACGUCUGGGCCGAGGACGUCGACCUCCGCGUCAACUUCGCCAUGGAGAUGGGCAAGGCGCGAGGGUUCUUCAAAGAAGGCGACGUGGUCAUCGUGCUGACCGGCUGGCGUCCCGGCUCCGGAUACACCAACACUAUGCGUGUUGUCCCCGUGGUCUGAGCCACCUCCUCCCCCUGGACCACGGCCGCAUCCCUCACCCCUCCUCUCUCACCCCCCCACCCCCCCCCCACCCCUCUCCCAUUCACAGCAGUCUCUUACCGCUGGCCCCCUCUCUCUCGUCUGUAUAGUGUAGACAAUCUAGGCAAAGAGAACGCAGAACCCCUGGCCUCUUCAGAAGAGCGCCAGGGCGGUCGUCGCUUCACUAACCGAACAUAAGGCUCCCCAUGUCGCCUCAUUUAGGUAUGUUCUCACCCCAUCCCUCUCACCAGCUCUAGGGCACUUUUACACACUGCUAGAGGUUGUAUUUAUUCUGAGGAAACCUUGUACUACUAAGUAAGACUGAAGCACUUCAGUCCUUCUGUCACAGCUCCCGCUCGUUUGAAGGCAACAGGCCCCUAAGAGUGGCUCGUACCAUACUUCGUAGAGAGCCGUUUACAAAUGCGCUCUUCUGCCUGUAACAUGAUCAAAUCGCGGCUACUUAAAGGAGAGCUCCUCUCUAACUGGCUGUUGCCCUUCAGUCGUUAUUUUUUCUUUUUCUUUUUUUUAUUAAACGGUGCGUUGUCAGUUCUGUCUUUAUGUUCAGUGUAACUGCUUUUGCUGUACUGUACUUAAGUGUUGCACUCCCUGACUACUGUAGACUCUGUUACACUCUGUUACUGUAUACUUGACUUUAGUGAACAAUGAGUAUUGUGAGCAUUCAACAUCAACUGUUUUGCUGGUAAGAAAUGUUGGAUUUUGAUGUCGGAUGCCCAUACUUAAGUUUUUAUCUGUGUGGUAUGAGGAAAGUAUUUGAAUGCCCUUAGAUUUAUUUGAAUGUUAUUUUUUGGCACUUAAGAACCACUGCUUUGCUGCAAGCUGCUAGAUGGUUCAUUGGAGUUGAAAAUGGAGGCAGACGAUCCAUUGGAGGCGUGUUGAUCCGUGACGCGCUUCGUGAAGCCCCCCUGCACUUUGACUGGUUUUUAGAAAGGGGUCCCAAGUUUGACCAAAGGGGCAGAGGGGCGGGUAGGUGGGCUAACCCCUGCCCCCCCCCCCCCUCAGUCCCACAGUAAGCAGGGUAGAGCCCUCCCCUCUUCUCUCACAUUCCUUCCCUCCCUUCUUCUCCUGUCUCUCUCUCUCUCGUCCCUGUCUGCUGGUGACCUAGAUCAGUGUCUUGUGUGUGUGUCCCCUGUCACCACGUCGCUUCUGAUUGUGACGCUAGAUUUGAGGAAUCUAACGAUAUGCUAAAGGGUAAUGGUAAUAUGAUGUAUGAAUCUGCUGUACCGCGUUGUCCUGCACGGUUGGAUUUUCCAUCAAUAAAAGAGAUGAGCACCUGAGAA